AUGAGCUUAAGUAAUAAUAUCAAUCCUUUAACAGCGAACCAGCAUUCGUCACCUGUGCAUUGGGAAAUAUCAAGCGAAGGCAAUGCACUGAUUAGUACACAACAAGUCAUAUCGACUUUCCUUUUCGCUAAAAAUAAUGUUAAAACAUUAGAGGAAAUUAUGAAAAAAGCUGGCAAAAUGAAAGGGUGGAGAAUUGUUAUCGAAAAUAAAGAAAAUAAAAAUUGUAAAGAAAAAUGGGUCGAAAAAGUUGUCGAAAAUAUGAACGAAUUAUUAAAGUGUACCAAAACAGCAGAAGGACAGAGUCACAAACCGUCAACUACUUUCUUCUACCGUACAAUUAGUU